AUGUUAGGAGUCACAGGCCCAGUACGAUUUUAUGACAAUGAACGGAAAGCCAGCAUCUUGCUUAAACAGAUCCAAAAUGGAACAGACGUAAAAGUAGGAGAAUACAGUGCUGCCAUACAACAUCUAGAUCUUACUCUAGGAGAUCCUCUUAAAUGGACUGGGAAAUAUCCACCGAAAGAUAGGACAGUUCUGAUUAUUGAGCAUACCAGAGUAAACAAGACAGCUUAUGCCAUUUUAGCGACUUUGGCAAUUUUAGGAAUAUUCAUAGCUGCAUUUUUCUUAGCGUUCAACAUCAAAUACAGAAAUCAGAGAUAUAUUAAAAUGUCCAGCCCUCAGCUGAAUAACUUAAUUAUAGUUGGAUGUAUGAUAACGUAUACGAGCAUCAUCUUUUUGGGCUUAGAUUCGGGUCUUUCAAGUAUUGAGGUAUUCCCUUACAUAUGCACAGCUCGGGCUUGCACUCUAAUGGCCGGGUUUUCACUGGCAUUUGGAUCAAUGUUUAGUAAAACUUGGAGAGUUCACUCAAUAUUCACCGAUGUAAAACUCAAUAAGAAAGUGAUUAAAGAUUACCAGCUUUUUAUGGUGGUUGGAGUUUUAUUAUGUAUCGAUGUUGUUAUAAUGGCUACAUGGCAAUUUGCUGAUCCUUUCUAUCGUGACACCAAACGCGGCGAGCCAUAUCUUCAUCCGUCAAAUGAAGAUGAAAUUAUUAUACCGGAAAACGAGUACUGCACAUCUUCGAAAAUGACUAUAUUCAUUUCUUCCAUUUACGUAUACAAAGGUCUUUUGAUGAUAUUUGGAGCAUUUUUGGCAUGGGAAACUCGACAUGUUUCCAUUCCAGCUCUAAACGACAGCAGAUACGUUGGCUUUUCCGUUUACAAUGUGGUAGUAAUGUGCAUUCUUGGAGCAGCAGUUGCUCUGGCUUUAGUUGACCAUCAAGACGCAAUGUUUCUGAUAAUUAGUUCUUUUAUAAUAUUUUGUACUACAAUAACUUUGUGCCUUGUGUUCGUUCCGAAAAUGCUCGAACUGCGCAAAGAUACCGGAGGCAGCAUAGACAAGCGAAUUCGUGCAACACUGAGACCCAUGUCGAAAACUAGACGAGAAUCCAGCGUAUCAGAAAUAGAAACGAAAAUGAAGGACUUGAAGGAAUUAAAUAUAAAAUAUCGAAAAACGUUGUCGGAAAGAGAUAGUGAACUGCAGAUGCUGAUAAGGCAAUUGGGCAAUGAAGCAAAUGAAAUCCUAGAGCAGAAAACUGAGGACUCUAUAAGUGAUACUAAUCGCCUUUCGGUACCACUUUUACGCAAAGAAAUGCCAAGUGCCACUGAGACAAGUGACCUAACAUCUCUUUGCAGCCUUAGUUCACAAGCAGACUAUGCAUCAUUGCAUCAUUCGGAUAGUCAAAAAAAGAAAAAACUUCCAGCAACUAACGAAACAUCUCCUAAAAAAGUUGUAAAUUCUCCCAAAAGUAAACGAAUCGAGAAUGAGCAAUACAACCAAUUGCUGCCAUCACAGCAAACGAAUCAUCCCAAAAGCAAACCAGCAAUAAUUCAACAGUCCCAACAGCAAAUUAAUGGAACUGUGUCAAGAACUAACACGGAUACCAUUAAGGCAGAAAAUAAUAUUAAUAAGGAAAGUAUAAUGAAAUUGGAUAGCAAUUACAACACUGUAAAAGAACCAAGUAAGGUGGUUUCGAUUGCUGAUAAAAUCGACAUUCAAAGAUGUGACACACAGAUCAAGCCUUACCCGAGUGAACAACUAGAAAAGAAGAGAAUUUCAACAUUGGAGCGGCAGGGUCGAAGGACGCCAACUCAUGAACGAAGAGUGUCCAGGACGGUCGGGGCAGUAGAUUCAAUAGAAAUCCAAGAAAAGAGAAGAAGCAGCAUAAAAGCUGUUGAAAGUGUCUUGGAGGACGACUUAGUUGUAAAAGAAGGAAUAUGCCACAGAAGAACGAGUGUUCAGAGUAACAUUCGCACCACCCCCAAGAAGAAGCCGGAAUGCGGCACUCACGUGGUGGCUAAAAGCGAAUUAUGGGACACAGGGAGUCAACAUAGGUGCCAAAAGGCGCAUCAAAAGAGUAGUAGAGUUAGCAUAUCACAAGAUGAAGAUGAUCCGCACAUACAUCGCACAACAUCCGAAAGGAAUCGGCACGGCUCUCAGAGGGAGAAACGUGAAAAAUCACCAGCUAAAUCGAAUCCUUCCGAAGCUGCCAGUUGCAACAUGUUAGGAAAUAUCCAGAGUCAGAAGCUGGGCUAUUUUACUAGCACACCUAAUGUGGCGGCGGCAUUAAAGUCUAGUACUCAUCCCCCUAAACGGGACAAAUCCAUGUAUAAUGCAACCUCUGAAAGUGAGUUAUUGGAUCGUGAAAUUCUGCCGAUUUUCCAGAAAUUGUUGACCGAAAGAAAUAAAAGCCUGCAUAACAUAGACUAUUCGUUCGGUCGUUCGUGUCCGAAUAUUAGUAUUAAGUGUGAUAUAGUUGAAUAUUUAUAGGUUUAGAAUCUUCUUUUUAAUCUUAGCUUUAAAGCGAUAACGAAAUUCUAAAAUGAAAAUAUUAGCAAAGUAAUAUGUAAUUUUUAGGCACGUGAAAUCGAAGUGCGAAUGUAGCAACGUGUAUUUAUAUAUUUUAGUUUGUAAACUUCAAAGUAAAUAAUGAAAAAUUAAGUCUGAAAAGUACUACGUGCACGUACGCGAAAAAUGUAUAGAAGCAAACACCUCAGACUGUUUAGUGAAUACAUUGAUAGAUAUUAUUUCACGCGUAAAAUUCCACAUGAAUUUCAAAUGUUAAUUUGGGCUAUUAUUUAUUAGCAAAUUAAAAUAGAAAAUUUCUAGCAGUCGUGUUCAAGGAACGUAAAAAGCACUUUGAUCAGAUUUAAAAAAAAGUUAAUUCAGAUUUUAUUAACCUAUAACAAUUAAGAGCAAUUAAAUUGCUGGUCCCUCUAACCGAAACCGAACCCGAAUAUUUUCAAUAUUUUCCAGUUUUACAGUUAGAACAUGGAGUUUUUUAGAUACGAUGAAAAAUACAUAUACUUAGUGCAAUUAUUAGAACUGAUUACACAGGGUUCUAGUUCAUACGCAUAUUAACAGUGAUAUUAAGUCAUAUUACUAUAAAUUAUGCUGUUAACUAAAUCGCGUCGAUUAUGUUCCUCUUAUAUGUUGACAAUCUUCAUGUUACUAUUACUCUUUACAGGAUGCGCUCUUACAAUUAUUAAUUAUUUUUUUAGCUAAGAUGAACAGAAGAAUUUUAUAGAAUAUUCUAAACAUGUUGUCAAUUAUUAUAUCAGCCCUGUUAAAUUUCUGAAUAAAUGAAAAGUUUAUAAAUAGUAA